UCAAGAGUGGAGGUCCCCAAAUUUUCUAGAUAAUCCAAACAGAAAAGCAGAACUGAUAUUAUUGCUCUCUCUCCUCUCACAUGGUUUGCUUAGUGUUCACUAAAGACUUUUCACUAAAAAAAAUUGGUGUGAUCUAUAUUAAGAAAUGCAUCUAUUUUGAAUUGUGUCAUUUGUCCUUUAAUGGGCAGUUGGCACCAAUUAUUAACAUUAGCACGACCACCAAUUUUUUUUAGACAGCCUUGCUGAUACUAAGUGGUAACCUCAAUAAGGUAAUUCAUACUGAUUAAACGCUUGAAUUUAUUUUACAGAAAUAGAAAGUGAAAUUGGCACGAGUCGAUAAAAAUAACUAAAAUUAGCAAGAUGGAAAAUGGCAUGGCUGCAGGAAAAGUCUCCUCUUGCAUGUGGACUGUUGCCAAAAGGUAACUUACUAACCAGCAUUAGCAUCAUAAGCAAGACAGAAAACCUAGUAAGGAAAAGCUGAUUAAUGUCAUUACCUUUAUAAGAGAUUCCGCAUGUUUGGAAUAUGCAGUAUAUAUGUCAAUAGAAGAAGGCACAAACAUCUGCAGUUGGUAGCCAGUUUCUAAAACAUCAAUGGAGAAGAAGCAAGAAAACAAACUUUGUUGCAGAGUGGUACUCUUUCCUCAGCCAUAUAUAGGCCACAUAACCCCAAUGCUGAACUUAGGAAACGCCCUUCACCAUAAGGGCUUUUCCAUCAAUGUAAUUCACACCCGUUUCAACUCCCCAAAUCCUACUGAAUUCCCCAACUUCAACUUCCACUUCAUUGAAGAUGUCCUGUCAAAAGCUAAAACGCCGUUGUCAGGUUCUUUGGAUACCAUAACUAUCCUUAAUAAGAGCUGCUUGGAGCCUUUCCGGGAAUGUUUAUCCCAGAUUUUGGAGGAAGCUUCCAAGGACAAAGAGCCGGUAGCAUGCUUAAUAUCAGACCCCUUGUGGGAGUUUACAGGGAUUGUUGCUGAUCAACUCAAUGUCCCAAGGCUUGCGCUAAGAACUGGUGGCCUGUUAGCUUCCAUUCUUUAUGAAUCCUUGCCGCUUCUUCAGGAAAAAGGCUAUUUCCCCCUCCAAGAUACUCGAAAAGAAGAGCCAGUUUUAGAGAUUCCACCUCUUAAAGUAAAAGACCUACCUCCAGAAAGAGAUCAUGAUGUAUUAGUUAGCAUGGUAAAAGAAACCAAGAGCAACUGUCAGGGUAUCAUCUGCAACACAUUCAAAGAACUUGAAGGCCCAACACUGGACAGAGUUCAUGGAGCUUUUCUUGCUACUCCUAUCUUUCUGAUAGGUCCACUACAUAAAAGCUCUCCAGUUUCUAAGAGUAACCUAGUUAGUACAAACGAAAGCUCCAUUACCUGGUUAAACAAACAUGCACCAAAUUCUGUACUAUAUGUAAGCUUUGGGACUCUUGCAGCAGUAAGCAAGGAACAAUUUCUAGAGGUAGCUUGGGGACUGGCCAAAAGCCAGCAGCCCUUCCUAUGGGUGACUCGACCUAGGUUAAUUAAUGGCCUGGAGAAAAAUGACGAGUUAUUUCCAGAAGAAUUUCUAGAGACCCUGAAUGAGAGGGGCCACAUUGUUACAUGGGCACCACAGCAACAGAUUUUGGCUCAUCCCGCUAUUGGGGGAUUCUGGACUCACUGUGGGUGGAAUUCAACCAUCGAGAGCAUCUGUGAAGGGGUACCGAUGAUUUGCUUUCCAUUUUUUGGCGAUCAGAUGAUGAACGCUAGACACGUAACCGAUGUUCUGAAGGUCGGAUUGCAAUUGGAGAAAGGACUUGAAAGACAGGAGAUAAACAGGGCGAUCAGAAGAUUAAUGGUUGAAAAGGAAGGUCAAGAAAUGAGAGAACGGAUAACUUCUUUAAAAGAGAAAGCAGAUCAUUGCCUAGUAAAAGGAGGGUCUUCAUAUGAAUCAUCAGACCAACUGACCAGUCACAUUCUAUCAUUCUGUGGUGCUGAAAAAAUGAAAAGCUGAAGAAACUUCAGACAAAAGUGUAGAAUCUGCAAAUAAUGAGUCAUUUCAUCCUCAAAUCAUGGGCAGAUGAUACAAUCCCUUGUUUGUUCAAGCAGCUAAACAAUAAUACAGUUUAUCUUUGUUUUGUUCUUUA